AUACUAAACGUGCUACAGUUUCAAUUCGAUUUCAUUUGAUCGAGAGGUUCAUUGAGUGGAGAGGUUUUGGUUGGGAGCGAGGAAGAAAGCUUCGAAGUUGGGAAUUCGACAAUGGCUGCCUCAGCGUCCACCUCGUCUCCUUUGGGGGAAGAGAUAACACUGACUGUGAAAUGGAGCGGUAAGGAGUACACUGUACGAGUCUGCGGUGAUGACUCUGUGGCUGAGCUGAAGCGUCGAAUCUGCGAGCUUACUAACGUCUUGCCCAAGCGCCAAAAGCUUCUUUAUCCCAAAGUCGGAUCCAAACUAGCCGAUGAUUCGCUUUUGCUCUCUCAGCUUCCCCUCAAGUCAUCUCUCAAGAUGACCAUGAUCGGAACUGUUGAAGAUGAUAUAAUUGUGGAUCAAGUGGACUCUCCUGAAAUUAUUGACGAUUUCGAACUUGGGAAAGAUGAAGUCAUUGACAUUAAGGACAAGGAUGUCAAUAAGCAGAAACUGAGAAGGCGUAUUGGUCAAUACAAGAUAGAACUUCGCAAUCCAUGCCGUGAAGGAAAGAAAUUACUUGUUCUGGACAUUGAUUAUACACUUUUUGAUCAUCGCUCUCCUGCAGAAAAUCCUCUUCAACUCAUGCGGCCUUAUCUUCAUGAAUUUCUGACUGCUGCUUACGCUGAAUAUGAUAUCAUGAUAUGGUCAGCAACCAGCCUUAAGUGGGUUGAAUUAAAGAUGGGCCAGCUUGGCGUUCUCAGUAAUCCAAACUACAAAAUCACUGCCCUUCUAGACCAUUUAGCUAUGAUCACAGUUCAGUCAGAUUCUCGUGGGACCUUUGAUUGCAAGCCACUAGGCUUGAUUUGGGCACAGUUUCCAGAGUUUUAUAGUUCGAGAAAUACUAUAAUGUUUGAUGAUCUUCGGAGAAACUUUGUAAUGAACCCACAAAAUGGCCUGGUAAUUAGGCCAUUCAGGAAAGCUCAUGCUAAUCGUGAUAGUGACCAAGAGCUUAUGAAGCUCACUCAGUACUUGCUUGCCAUUGCGGAACUCGACGACUUGAGCCCUCUUGAUCAUAACGAUUGGGAGCUAUACUCUGAAGAUGGUCCGAAAAGACGGCGGCAUGCAUGAGUAACAGAUCUAGUUCGAUCUUUUAUUGACUUGUUGAGGGGUUUGGAUCUAAAGGCGCUUUAACCAAUAUGAUUCCAAUUCUCUAAUGAAAAUUCAUCAGCUGCUUUUGAUGAACUUUUGUUCUCUCAUGGCAUAGUUUAUAGAUUGUGAUAAAUCUGAUGACCAUGUACUAUAUGGACCACAUUUUUUUUAUUUUGCAAAUAUCAUUUCCUUUGGGGGAUUUCUUGGAG